CCAGCGCUGUCCAACCGCCAGCGCUUCCCGACCUUCUUCCGCACCCACCCCUCGGCCACGCUGCACAACCCCACCCGGGUGCAGCUCUUCAAGAAGUGGGGCUGGACCAAGAUUGCCACCAUCCAGCAGACCACGGAGGUCUUCACCUCGACCCUGGAUGACCUGGACCAGCGGGUGAAGGAGGCCGGGUUGGAGAUCACCUUCCGCCAGAGCUUCUUCUCCGACCCCGCGGCGCCUGUGCGCAACCUCAAGCGCCAGGACGCCCGGAUCAUCGUGGGGCUCUUCUAUGAGACAGAGGCGCGGAAGGUCUUCUGCGAGGUCUACAAGGAGAAGCUCUAUGGCAAGAAGUACGUGUGGUUCCUCAUCGGGUGGUACGCAGACAACUGGUUCCGCAUCAAGGACCCGGCCAUCAACUGCACCGAGGCCGAGAUGGCCGAA